AAAAAGAAACAAGAAAGCAACGAAUGGACGUUUAGGGCACAGAAGUGGCUUUCAAAGUUCAUUUCUUCUCAGCGAAGCUCGAGAGGUCUCCGUAGAUUUUGAGAAAAUCACCUACUGAGUGUCUAUGGCUAACAACCCAUCGCAGCUUCUUCCAUCAGAGUUGAUUGACCGAUGUAUAGGGUCAAAACUAUGGGUAAUAAUGAAAGGAGAUAAGGAGCUUGUUGGUACUCUCAAAGGUUUUGAUGUAUAUGUCAACAUGGUGCUUGAAGAUGUUACUGAAUAUGAGAUCACUGCUGAAGGGAGACGGAUAACAAAGCUGGACCAGAUUUUACUUAAUGGAAACAACAUUGCCAUUUUGGUUCCUGGUGGCUCACCUGAUCCAGAAUGAAGCAUUACUACUUGGUAGCUGCUUUAGUGUUUACGCUCAUAUUUUUGAAGGCUCAUCGUUCCUCUGUUUUAACGAGGAUUCUGGGGCCACCUGGAUGUUCUGUUUCGUCAAUUUAGGUCUGAUAUAUGAUUGUAGUCCUCUUUGAAUUCUGUUAAUGCCCUUGAUAUAAAUUGUUGGCCACGAUGUUCCUCAGAAUUUUCCCAUUUUAUGUGAACUGAACUGAUUGAUCUAA